AUGACUGAAACAACUAAUGUUCAAUCAAUAGGAUAUUUACCACCAUAAAUAUCAAGUCAUUACAUUACUUUUGAGAAGGGUUAAAAGGUUUUAUUGUUUCUGAAUUACUUUUAAAUUGAUGAUCAAUCAUUAAUUUUAAUCUCUCCAAGGAACUUUGAAUAUAGUAAUUUAAGUAAUUGAUAUUUAUAAUAAAAUCAUAGACUUUAUAAUGUUUAGUUCGAAUAUAUGUCCUUCUUAUAAAGCUUCAAAAAAAUUAAUUGUUUCAAUAGAAUAGUUUAAGUCAAUUGUGAGUUUCAAUAUUUUACUUUUCUGUGAUUUGUAUUAAAACAAUUCAGCAAAAUCUUAUUCAAAACAAGCUAGAACUAUUGAGUCAUUUAUUAGUCCAAAUUAAUGUGAUUAAGUAAAUAUACUAACAGUUCCAGGAGAGUAAGGGAUUGAUUUUCAAAAAGUGGAACAAUAUUUAGAUUGUAAAUUCAAAUACAUCAAAUAACAUUAUAGAUCUAAUAGUUUAGUUUAUAUGGAUAGCCCUUAUAAAUUGUAUAAUGUGUUAUAUUGUUUUGAUAAAAAUACAUAAUUAAUUGAAUAUUUUAGAUUUUUGAUAGAUCAUUAAAUCUAUAAUGAAUUAAGUGAGAUUUAAUAACAUUAUCAAGUAAACAAUUUAGAAAUGACUCUAUAUAAAUUUUUUGAUAAUAAAGAUCUACCUAAUUCAAUGAAUUCAGUUUAAGCUAUUCGUAAGAAAUUCAAUAAUUAAACAAAAGAUUAACAAUUUUAUUUAUUAUAAUAAAUGAAACAUAUAAAUUAGAUGCAUCAAUAAGCUGAUUAUUAAAAUUUGAGUAUGAUAUAUAUAUUUAAUUAUUUUAGUAUGCCCAGAUUGUUAGAGUAUUUCUAAAUGCUCAUUUCUAGUAUCUAAAAGUUAAUAAAUAUUUUUGGCUGGAUAAAGUGAACUAUUUGCUUAUCCUAUACCAAUUGAAUAUAUGAAUUUAAUUGGUAGAUUAUUCUCAUAAUUAAUAUGUCAAAUGAUGCAUUAUGCAAAAACUUAGAAUGUCAAUAAUAAAUUGAGUAAUAUAGCUUAGAUAGAACGUAUAGAAGAGGCAAUAUCAUGUCCAUCAUUUAAUUUAGAAAGAAAUUAUUAAAAUCUUGAGAUGUUAGGAGAUUCAGUUAUAAAAUAUCUAACAUCAGCAAUGUUAUUUGAAGAUAGAGGUUUAAAUAAUGAAAGUCUAUUAUCUUCUCUUAGAAUAAAAUUAAUCACAAAUAAACAUUUAUCUGAUGUUUAUAUACCUCUUUAAAUUCGAACUAUGAAUUCAAAGAUACAUUAUAAAAAAGUAAGAAAUCAUAUGACAACAACAAUUAAUGAUGUGGAUGAUUUUAAAUUAUCAAGAAAAUAAUAAGCUGAUAUUUAUGAGGCUAUAUGUGGUGCUUGUUAUAUUAAAAAUUAUGAAUUCAGUGAUGUAAUCAAAUUCUUUAAAUUAACUAAUUUUGGAUUUUAAGGUAUUUUCCAAAUAUUUUAUUCUGGUAAUUCUCUAAUACAAUUUCCUGAUGUCUAUAAUACUAAUAUAUUUCCUUUUAAAUAAUAGAAAUAAUUAAAACCGUUUGUUCAAAAAUCAAUUUACAAUUAAUCAUUGGAUUAAUUUGAAUAAUUUUUGGGUUGCAAAUUAUCUCGACUUAGUGAAGCAAUGACAGUUGAUGAUUAUGAAAGACUUGAGUUCUUGGGAGAUGCAAUACUUGAAUUAUUGAUUGUAGCAAAUGUACAUAAAGAAUGUGAGAAAUAUUACUACACUCAAUAAUAAUAAUAGAUGUGUAGAGAAGGUAAAUUGUAAUCUAAAUUACUAUUGUGUCCAGGAUGGUUACAUAUUGCUAAGAUAUCCUUACUUGACAAUGGUUUUAUGGGUACAAUGGCUCUAUAUUAUGGAUAUCAUUAAUAUGCUAUAGGAUUGUGUUAAGAAACUUAAAAUGAAUUAGAAAAAGUCUUGGAUUCACUUAGAUAGGAAGAAUUUAAUGAAUUCUAUUUAAUUAAUUAAUAUUCAACAUAAAUACCAAAGAUUAUGAGUGAUCUUUGGGAGAGUGUGGCUGCUUGUAUUAUGAUUGAAUAUGGAUGGGAGGGAGUAGUUAAAAUUUAUGGAGAAAUGUAUAAACCUUUUAUUUAAUAUGUGGUGUAGAAUAUUUAUACAAUAUAUGAUUACUAUCAAGUAAUCAAUAGGAAUAUCUAAAUUGAAAAAAAUUGA